AUGGGCUCAUACUGGAGUGCUCGUGAGAUUGAAGAAUGCCCUUGCUGCUCACUCUCAGUGAAAAUCAUAAGAAUGAGAAAUCUGAGAAAGGUAGACCUGCUUAGUCAAACUGAUUGCUACGUAAGCCUGUCCUUGCCCACUGCUUCCCCUGAGACCGUCCGGACCAAAACUGUCAAGAACUGCAAAAAUCCAGUGUGGAAUGAAACAUUUUGCUUCAGGAUCCAGAGCCAAGUAAAAAAUAUUCUUGAGCUGAAAAUCUAUGAUGAAAAUGCAAUCACUAAAGAUGACCUUCUCUUCACUGUCCUCUUUGAUGUUGCUAAAAUCCAGCUUGGAGAAACUGUUCACUUGACUUUUCAGCUAAAUCCAAAGACACAAGAGACGCUGGAGGUUGAAUUUGCGUCAGAGAGCAUUCCAGUUCCUCCUGAAAAGCUUAUCACUAAUGGUGUAUUAGUGUCUCGUGAAAUUUCCUGCUUGGAAGUCCUAGUGGACAAUAGACAGAUGAAGAAAGAUCCUUCAGAAAAAGACUUCUUGUUCUCAGUGAAGGGAUCCUAUGAAGAGAGCCAGGCCCUGUCACUGGGCUCUUCCCGGCAACUUGUGAAGCCCCUGGACUUCCAUUACAUCAAGUACAGCCUGUCAGAGCUGUGCGUAGCUCUAGCACAGAAGAAACCUCAUUUCCCUUUGUGUACUUCAGAUGAAAAGAAAAAAGACUGCCAUGCAUCCCUCACUAUUCCUCUGGAUUCACUUCCCUUCAAGGAGAAAGUAGCAGUAGCAAAGGAUGAAACAAUCAAUUUAGAUGUGAAGUCAAAGGACUGGUCACAAAACUUAGAUGUUCGCUUGGAGUUUGAUCUGUGUACGGAGGAGAAAAAUUUCAUGCAGAAACGGAGGAAGCUUGUGGCUUCUGCUCUGAAAAAAGCUCUUCAUUUAGAGCGAGACCUACAAGACCAUGAGGUACCAGUUGUAGCAGUCAUGACAACAGGAGGUGGCACCCGGGCACUGACAUCUUUGUUAGGCAACCUGUUGGGUCUUCAGAAGCUGGGUCUCUUAGAUGCUAUUUCAUACAUCACUGGGUCAUCUGGUUCAACAUGGACCUUGUCACACUUGUAUCAGAGCACUGACUGGUCACACAAGGAUCUGUCCAGGCAGAUUGGUGAAGUCCGCAGACAUAUGACCAAGUGCAAACUAAGCUGCUUUUCCGUGGAGAGCUUGAAGUACUAUGACAAGGAGCUAAAACUGAGGAAGCAAGAGGGAUACCAGAUCUCUAGCAUUGAUUUAUGGGGGCUUCUGCUGGAAAAAGCAUUAAGUGAUGGGAAAAACAACCACAAACUCUCAGAUGAGCGACAGGCAUUGAGUCAGGGUCAGAAUCCCUUACCUAUCUACAUGAUCCUCAACAUCAAAGAAGAUUACAGCCUUCCCGAGUUCAAAGAAUGGGUAGAGUUCACCCCUUAUGAAGUCGGGUUCUUAAAAUAUGGUGCCUUCAUUCGGGCAGAGGAUUUUGGCAGUGAGUUCUUCAUGGGUCGCCUGAUGAAGAAGCUCCCCGAAAGCCGCAUCUGUUUCAUGAAAGGCCUGUGGAGCAAUGUUUUUUCCUACAACCUCUUGGAUGCCUGGCAUUCAUCAGAUCCUACAGAAAGGUGCUCACUGAGAUGUGCACAACACAGGACUAUUGAUGUUGAAGGAGAUGAGCCUUCCUCAUCAGCAUGUGGCCAUGAGCUGGAGACUUACUUAGUCGACCCUGAAUGUGGCAUUAUGGGCAUCAUUCGGCAGGUCCUGUCUGAGCGGGUGAUGGUUUCAAAGUUCUACAACUUCCUGAAGGGGUUCCAGGUGCACAAUGAAUACCUUCAGAGCAAAAGCUUCUGUGUAUGGAAAGAUACUAUACUAGAGAAUUUCCCCAACCAGCUGACAGAAACAGCGAAGUUCAUAUGCCUGGCAGACACAGCAGGAUACAUUGAUAUCAGCUACCCACCACUCAUGAGGCCAGAGAGGAAAGUGGAUGUUGUCCUGCACCUAAACUAUUCUUCUGGAUCACAGACAUCGCCUUUGGAAGAAGCCUCCAAGUACUUCCUAAAGCAGGGAAUCCCAUUUCCCAAAAUCCACAUGAGUGAAGAAGAAAAGAAAAAUCUAAAGGAGUGCUACAUCUUUGAAGACACAGAGAACCCAGAAGCACCGAUAGUGGUGUUCUUCCCGCUGGUGAAUGACACCUUCAGAAAAUACAAAGAACCUGGUGUGGAGCGCAGCCUUGCUGAGAUGGCACAGGGCAAGGUGGAUGUUUCCAGCAUUUUUUCCCCGUACUGCAUAAGCAGUUUUACAUACACAGAGGACGAGUUCGACAAACUGGUAGAACUGACCAGCUACAACAUUCAGAACAACAAAAAUCUGAUCCUUCAGGCUCUGAAUUCAGCCGUAGAGCAGAAACGACAGCACAAAAGAUAAAUGCCAAUCUGAGUCUCGGAAAGAUGCCUGUAUAACUUUGUUUUUUCCCUGCAGAAGAAUCAAGCACUGCUUGUGAAUGAGCACAACAGACUUGUGAAACUACAAAGACUUGUCUCAGCCUGUGGCUCUUCUCCACCACGUGGCAAUGAUAGAUAAACUGAUUGAACAAAAUAAUGAUUAGUCUCUUGCUUUAUUUAUGUUGGAUUUAACUGUUGGUGACUGUUUUUUUUUUUCACGUACAUGCAUGUAUAUGCAGUAAACCAACCAUUAGAGAAUAAGUGGCUUAUUGAUGAGUUUUUUAAAUGCAUGAAUGUGAGGCAGCAAUAUGAAUUCUUUCAAAAUUCACAGCAUUAAUAGAAGUGAUACGUGAAGACAAAUGAGCUACAGAUAUUUAAUUUAGUCCAAAUCUAGUGCAACAGAAAAAUACAUAAUAAAUGUGGGCAACUUCAAAGAAAAAGAGAAAACUGUAUUUUCCUAUGGUAUCAGCAAGAAAUUUUGUUUAAAAGAACAUGAAAACCUGAAUGUAAAAGACACAGAAAAGCUGAGAUUUCACAUGGAAAACACAAAUGGUUUAUACUUCAGGGUUUCCAAGUUCUAUUAACCCAGAAAUAUUUAUAUUUGGAAAAUGCCUUGAAAGUGACUGUUUCAAACUCUGUUGUGAGUCAGAAUCAGCUCAUCUGGUGCAUGUGUAAGUACUUAACCUGAGGUUGUGCUUUUUACUGAAUGCUCAUGGUAUUUAGAGGAUCCAGCUCAGCAUCCACAUCCCAUUAAUCUCAAUAGGAUUAAUAGCAUUUCUUGUUAUUAUAGGAUGGGAUGCUGUGAGAAUAAAAACAUCAAAAACUGAAAGACAUUCAGAUUCUGUGGUAAGAAGGCAAGCUGAGUGCUUUACACUGAUACCCAUGGGUAAUUCAUGGGUAAUUGCAUAACUUUGUCAGUCGCUGACUGUAUACAAACAACACAGGCUCUAUGCAGCUACUAUAAAUAGCACAAGGCAACUUGU